UCGGCUCCGGGGAAGUUUUCUCGGCGAAACCCCUCCCCGCCCAGCGCGGCUCCUCGCCACUUACCGCGCCUGGGGAGCCGCCGGGCCCGAGCCUCCACCCGGGAGGCCCCGCGGAGUGUGUGUGUGUACUAGGACUGUUUGAACCUCACUGUAACUAAUAGUCCGUAUGUAAUUUGGAAGAAGAAAUCUUCAAUGGAAGACCCCCAGGGAAUAAAUGGGAAGUCUAUGCUCAGACAUGAACUGCUGGCUUUGGUGAUGUCCCAUAGCACUGCUUUCCUAGACCACGUUCUUGCAGACAUACAUUUGCAGGUGCAGAAGUCCCAAACUGGUUCAGAUGUUGCUGUUUCCUCCAGUUGCAGGUCUAUGGAAAUGCAGGAUCUAGCCAGCCCACAUAGCCGACUAAGUGGUAGUAGUGAAUCCCCCAGUGGUCCAAAACUUGAUAACUCUCAUAUAAAUAAUAAUUCCAUGACACCCAAUGGCGCAGAAGGUGACAUGACUCUCCUCAGCACUGCAGACUGGUUACUAAGUGCUAGCACACAGACCGCUGCAGUUAAAACAGAACCAAUGAGCAGCAGUGAGAUUGCUACUACUACUACCACAGACGGGUCUUUAGACAAUUUCUCAGGAUCAGCAAUUGGAAGCAGUGGUUUCAGCCCAAGACAAACACACCAGUUCUCCCCACCACAGAUUUACCCUUCGAACAGACCAUACCCACAUAUUCUUCCUACCCCCUCUUCACAAACGAUGGCUGCAUAUGGGCAGACACAGUUUACAACAGGGAUGCAACAAGCUACAGCUUACGCCACCUACCCACAGCCCGGACAGCCCUAUGGAAUCCCUUCGUAUGGUGCAUUGUGGGCAGGCAUCAAGACAGAAGGUGGAUUGGCACAGUCACAGUCACCUGGACAGACAGGAUUUCUAAGCUACGGUGCCAGCUUUAGCACACCUCAACCUGGACAGGCUCCCUAUAGCUACCAGAUGCAAGGCAGCAGUUUUACAACAUCAUCAGGAAUAUAUGCAGGAAAUAAUUCACUCACAAAUUCUACUGGAUUUAAUAGUUCACAGCAGGAAUAUCCCUCUUAUCCCAGUUUUGGCCAGGGCCAAUAUGCACAGUAUUAUAAUAGCUCACCGUAUCCCUCGCAUUACAUGACAAACAGCAACACCAGCCCGACGACACCCUCCACAAAUGCAACAUACCAGCUUCAAGAACCACCAUCUGGCAUCACCAGUCAAGCGGUUACAGAUCCUGCAGCAGCAGAAUACAGUACAAUCCAUAGUCCAUCAACACCUAUUAAAGAUUCGGAUUCAGAUAGAUUGCGUCGUAGUUCAGAUGGAAAAUCACGUGGACGUGGCAGAAGAAACAAUAAUCCUUCACCACCACCAGAUUCUGACCUAGAGAGAGUAUUCAUUUGGGAUUUGGAUGAGACAAUCAUCAUUUUCCAUUCCUUGCUUACAGGGUCCUAUGCUAACAGAUAUGGAAGGGAUCCACCAACCUCAGUGUCUCUUGGACUCCGAAUGGAAGAGAUGAUUUUCAAUUUGGCAGACACUCAUCUAUUCUUUAAUGAUUUAGAAGAAUGCGACCAGGUUCACAUUGAUGACGUGUCUUCAGAUGACAACGGUCAAGAUUUAAGCACCUAUAACUUUGGAACGGAUGGCUUUCCCGCAGCCGCCACCAGUGCUAAUUUGUGCCUCGCAACGGGGGUGCGUGGAGGAGUCGACUGGAUGAGAAAAUUGGCUUUCCGCUACAGACGAGUAAAAGAAAUAUACAAUACCUACAAAAACAAUGUUGGAGGUCUUCUUGGUCCAGCAAAAAGAGAGGCAUGGUUACAACUAAGAGCAGAAAUUGAAGCUUUGACAGAUUCUUGGUUAACACUUGCACUGAAAGCACUCACCCUUAUUCAUUCAAGGACAAAUUGUGUGAAUAUUCUUGUAACAACUACUCAACUAAUUCCAGCUCUGGCAAAAGUCUUGUUGUAUGGAUUAGGGGUCGUAUUUCCCAUAGAGAAUAUUUACAGCGCAACUAAAAUAGGAAAGGAAAGUUGUUUUGAGCGAAUAAUUCAGAGAUUUGGAAGGAAAGUAGUGUAUGUGGUUAUAGGGGAUGGUGUUGAAGAAGAACAAGGCGCAAAGAAGCAUGCUAUGCCAUUUUGGAGGAUCUCGAGCCACUCUGACCUUAUGGCCCUUCACCAUGCCUUGGAACUGGAGUACUUGUAGCAGCUCAGCAGCACUUUGAAACCCCAGAGCCUCCUUCUGCCCAUGGACAGUAUGCCUGUGUCUUGUGUCAGCAUUGGACUACAGAACUUUGUGAUUUCAACAUGUUGACGUACAGCUGCAAUUGGUCUUAACCCUUGCCCUUUCAGUAAAUGGAGGAGCAUGUCUCUUUCUUCAGAACAGCUGUUGACUCUGGUACUGCAAGUCCAACGAAAAUAAGCCAUGCGAAUGUUUUAACAACUCAUCUUUACCAUAUUUGCUACCAAAAAGAAAUGGAAAAGGAAAAAAAAAAAGAAAAAAAAAGGAAAUAAAAGGUUCGUACCUGUGAAGAAAAAAAGGACCUGCAAGUGCUUUGUUGUUUUUAGACUCUUCAAUGUGACACACACCGUUUCUUCAACACAGCGAACUUGAUUGCACAAUGAAGACUGAGAUUUUUCAAAAUACCAGUGGAGUAAUUUUCUUGUAAAGAAGGUUUACUUUUUGGUUUCUCAUACCCAGGGUACUCUGUACAUCUUUACUUAUUUAUGAACAGACUAUAUUUUGACAUCAUAUAACUGAGGAUAUGUAUAAUAGGAAUAAAGGCUAUUAUAAGCCUUUGCCGUAUGGUACAGCAACUACUUUUGAUUUUAGCACAUUACAGAGUAGUUUAAAAUAUGUCUAAUUUAAACAAAUAGGUACAUCACUGAGACAAUCAUGUACAGGAAGAAUUUUUUGUGUAAAUUUGUAAUAAUGAAUGAUUCUUUUACAUAUUGUUAAGGUAAAUGCUAUUGAAAGAUAGUAAUGCCUUGUUGGUAAAGAAUGAGGCCACAUGUACACAAACUGUUGUGCAGUGCCUUAUCAAUGCGUUGGUUAUAAAUAUGUAGAUAAUGGAUUUUUUUAGAUAAAUUUGUCAAGACCAAAAGCAUGGAUGUCAAGUGUCAAUAGGAAGUGGGUUUUGUUCUUUUCAGCUACUUCUCUACCUUUUUCCUCGCUCACCUACUCUGAUUAUGAAAAGAUCAAUUUCGUUUCCCCCACUAAGGAAAUAUACAUAAUACACAACCAAAGAGGAAUGCAUUGCUGUCUUCUGUUUCCUCUUUUAAUGUCAACAUAUUAACCCUUUUUUAGAGUAUUGAAAAAUGAAUUAACAGAUUCAUUCCAUAAAGAAAUAUAGAGAGAACACAAAUAUAUUUUAAGACAUGACUUAAACUGGCAUCUAGGUACCAAAUAGUUUUUGUCUUGUCCAAAAAUAAAGGAAAUUAUCAUCAUCAUUAUUUUUAGAAAUUAGAAAUGGGAAUAUUUUGGAGAAAUUGAACAAGGAUACUCAUAUACAUUUAAGUUUUUUAAUCCUCUUCCACCAGGAGUCAGAUUUUCCUAAGAUAUAACAUCCAUUGCCGGCAAUGGAAAUACUGAAAUACUUAUUGCCAAGGAGUUAAAAUUUGCUUUUCUCUAUAUCCACUUAUAGGACAAACCUAAACUGUGUCUGUCUGUGACUUGUGACUUUUCUAAUCUUGAAGGCGAUGAGCUACUUGGUCAGAUAAACUGUCAGUCUGACUUUUUGGCUUGAAUUGUACCAAUUCCCUUUGCCUGAUCUGAAUCUCUUCAUCUAAAAAAAAAAAAAAAAAAAAAAAAAAAGCAUCAGCUUUGUUGGUUCAUUCUCCAGCUUUUCUUCUUGUUUUCUUUUGCUAAAAACACCAGCCUUGAAACAGCUACCUGCAAAGCUACAAAGCAUCAAUGUAGCUGCAAAGUAACACCCUUCUCUAUUGGAGGAAUCAUAUUGCUGCUAGAAUUCAAUGUUUGUGGAUUGCUUUAUUACCAACAAAGAGGUUUUUAUCCUACCAAGACUUGCACAUGUGCUUUACUUUACCCGGUAUGAGUACUAGAAUUCACACAGUACUCACAUACAUACAUAAAGCACGUUGUGGGUAGUUUUUAGAAUUGAGACUAUAAUUAGCCUAUUUUUUUUUUCUUCAAGCAAAUUAGACAGUGAUGGGAAGUUGGUUGUAUUUUUUUUUUUGGUCUCUUUUCAAUUUUUAGUCACUUGCGGACUGAAAAAUAAAAGUUUAUCUGGGCCUUAUUGUACAAAAAGUGUGUUGUGUCCACA